AUGAGUCUUCCCACGAGGCGGUUGGCCUCAGCCGCUCCUUCGACACUUCAAGCCAUCACCCGACCGAUUCCUCGAUCCUUUAUCCUACCCAUUCGACCAGCCACUCAGGUCCGAAGCAAAUGGACUCUCGGCAGUAUCUUUGGCAGCCGUCGCGGCAGGCGAGCCCAAGCUUCCGAUGACAUGAUGGGCGAGAACCUCGAUGACCCAAAGGUCCGCGAACGCUUUGCCGAGUCACAGCAGCCCAAGAUGUCUAGCUCAAUCUUCGAGGAGGAAGUCGACGAUGUCGUCGCGGACAGUAAAAAGGGUGGCUCCAAGGCUCAAGCUGCCCAAGCGUCGGUGAAGACACCAGAGACGAUGGCGUGGCGCCUCGACCCCGAUCCGCGAAGUCGUCUCCGCUGGGAGAGAAAGAAGGUCAUCCAGAUGGUGCGCAAGAACGGCCACGUCACCCGUGAGGAGCGUAUCGCACAGACUGAGAAGAAGCUAUCGCACAAGAGCCCCUUUUUGGAGACCAGCGUCAAGAAGCUCGUGCAUCUGGCGCGCCAAAUCCAGGGCAAGUCCCUCGAAGAGGCCGUUUUGCAGAUGUCGUACUCCAAGAAGAAGAUGGCGGCCGAAGUCAAGUACCAGCUGGAGGAGGCCAGAGAUUUGGCUGUUGUCACCCGCCGCAUGGGCAUCGGUCGCGUUGCCACCAACGUGCAGUCCAUCAAAAUCCAGACCAAGGAAGGCAAGACCAUGACCAUCACAGACCCGACAAGACUCUAUGUUGCUGAAGCCUGGGUUGGUCGAGGACCUUGGAGGGCCAAGGAGCUCGAUUACAAGGGCAGAGGCAGAUUCGGCAUCAUGCAGUCGCCCUCAACCAGUAUGUUUGAUGCUUUCCCAUUCUACCACUCAAUCUUGUCCGUCAUGAGGUUAACAGUAGUUUGCAGGCAUCUCAAUCGUCUUGAAGGAGGAAAAAACGAGGAUACGAGAGCACACGGAGAAGUUGGCCAAGCAGGCGAGGAGAAAGCCCUGGGUGCAUUUGCCUGA